AUGGGUGUGCUGUUCUCGUCCGGUUGGCUUCCCUUGAUGCUUCUGGCAAUCAUCUCGGCCGCAUCUGCUUCAGCGGCCAACGCUGCUCCCAGUGGUUCAUGCAAAUGCAUUCCCGGCGACCAAUGUUGGCCUCCCAAUAUUCUCUGGGAUUUCUUCAACUUCACUGUUGGUGGAAACUCAAUUCGAACACAACCCGUCGCCCUCUCUUGCUGUCCUGGCCCUGCUUCCAGUCCAGCUCAAUGUACUUAUGUGGAUGCGAACUGGAACAAUGCCACGCUCCAGGCUGCCAAUGUCGUUGGGCUCUCAUAUCCAACCAAUAUCAGCUGCCCUCCCGUCAAUGCUACGGCAGGGGAAAGUGCUCAGGGGUCCCGCACACUGGGAGUGAGUCCAAGCUAUGCGGCAAACUGCACCAACCCUCAACAGGUUGCCUUAACGGUCGUCUUCUCCAAGCUGUUCAACAUCCGCCUGGCGGUUAGGAACACGGGCCAUGACCAGCUCGGACGCUCCGAGCGAUCCAAUGGUCUGGAAGUUUGGAUCCGCCAUCUUCGGAAUGGCAUCACUUUUCAAAACACUUUUGAGUCCUCCACCGGAUGUACCACGAGCAAUUGGACCGGAAGCGCGUUCAAGGUCGCAGGGGGGUACUCGUGGGGAGAUGGGGCGGCAGAGGCUCAGAAGCACAACGUCGUUAUUGUCACUGGCGGUACACCCUCUGUGCUGGAGCUCGCGGUUGUCCUUGCCGACGGCUCACUUGUGGCGGCCAAUGGUUGCCUGCACAGCGACCUUUUCGUCGCCCUUUGCGGUGGCGGUGGCGGGACAUACGGUGUCGUGGUAUCGAGCACGGUCAAAGCCCAUCCCACAGUCAAUGUCACGGUUCAGCAUCUGGCCAUCCCAGCGCCUCUGUUCGCUGACGUUACCACCGACUAUGUCCAUGGCUUCGCGAUUUUCAACGCCGCCGUAGCGCAUGCCCAAUCUGCCUUCGACGCUACCCGGGCAAAACUGGCCAAAUACAACUUGACCAGCGUCUUCAUCUCCGAAGGCUACGUCUCCUAUCCGGACUACUGGACAUACUACCACGCUGAGUCGGGCUCCGAACCACCCGUCAGCCUCCCAGCCGCUCUGCGAACCAUGAUUGAAACCAUCGCCGGGACACUCGACCAGUUCACAACCAACAACCUCGAGCUCGUCGGCGGCGGCCAGGUCUUCAGGGACGCAUCCGAACCGUACUCGGGCGUCACCCCGGUAUGGCGGAUCUCUUACUUCAACAGCGUCGUCGCCCGAGUGUCUUCUUUGGAUACCCCGCAAGCAGUGCUGGAUGAAAAGCAGCACGACAUCACGUACGUCAAGGUGCCGGCCACGAAGAGACUGGCGCCAACCACGGGUGCGUAUAUGAAUGAAACGAGCAGAUUUGACCCGGACUGA